AGCUGGUUUGGAUCUCAGUUAAGCUUCUAGUGAUUUCCAAUGCCCGGACAGAGCUCUGCUACCUCGAAACUGCCUUUCUGAUUUCUCCCUUGUUCUUCUGGGUUAUGAGCGCCGGUUCUUUCUGAAUUCUGACUUUCUGAGUAGAAUACGAUGUGCGAAUGGGAUUGGCACAGACUGAUUUAUUUCUAGCUAGAAGAACUGCUUCCGCGCACGCCGAACUCGCCUCUCCUCUCCCAAGUUCCCCCAAGUCCCAACUCAACGAUUAUCGUGGCCGAGAAUAAAAGCGACGAACUGCCGCCUCUGCUCCCUGACUCCCCCAGCCAACUCUCCCGCUCACUCCCACUUACCAUGGCGGCGCUGCGUGAGGCCUCCCGCCGCCUGUUCUUCUCCGCGAGGAAUCCUGCCGGAGCCGCCAUGCGGCCCCUGCUCCUCGCGCAAUCUCGCGGCAUCACACACAAGCUCUUCAUCGGAGGCCUGUCACAAUUUGCAACCGAAGACACCCUAGCAGAAGCUUUCGCGCGUUACGGCCAAGUAUUAGAAGCAACCAUUGUCACGGAUAAGAUGACCAAUCGAUCAAAAGGAUUCGGCUUUGUGAAAUUUGCCUCUGAGGAAGAAGCUAAUAAAGCACGGGACGAGAUGAACGGCAAGGUUCUGAACGGGCGAGUUAUAUAUGUCGACAUUGCAAAGGCCAAACAGGAUCGUGCUACAGACGUACUUCCAAUAGCGAGCGGCCCUCCUAAGCCAAUAGGCAACAGCAGUUAGAUGUGUUCAUACUAGAACAUAAGAAGUUAUGUUCUAGUAGAGUAAAGCUCUUAGAGAAAAGCUUAUGUAUAAUAAUAUUCUGAAUUUUAUGUUACUAGAACAUAAGAAGUCCAUUUAACAGCCUAGAUGUAUCAUAGAACAUCACAUCCAAGAACACAGCUUAUGCUGUACGUGUUCUUGUACUGUGUCAUCAAAAGGGUGCUGCUGUAAUCUUGUUCCUCGGAAUGAUAUUGUUGUUACGGAUUGAUUGCACA